AUGGCAACUGCCUUCCGGCCGCCUUUCCUGGCCUGGGGCUGGGCCAGAGGCCGGCAGAGAACGGACGGGGUCCAGGAAGCAGGAGCAAAGAUGGACGGGGAAGAGGUGGAUGGGGGUUCAGUGCCCUGUGUCAAGGCAGGCUCUCCAGACCAAGAAGGCUUCUUCAACCUGCUGACCCACGUGCAGGGCGACCGAAUGGAGGAGCAGCGCUGCUCGCUGCAGGCAGAGCCAGGCACCAUCUCCAAGAGCCAGAGUGGCCCCACGCCGGAGAUGGACAGUCUCAUAGACAUGCUGGCCAGCACCCAGGGUCGCCGCAUGGAUGACCAGCGUGUGACAGUCAGCGCCUUGCCUGGUUUCCAGCCUGUGGGCCCCAAGGACGGAGCGCAGAAACGAGCUGGGACCCUGAGCCCCCAACCCUUCCUCUCCCCUCCGGACCCCUCUGCUCUCAGCUUCCGUCGGAACAGCAGCCCCCAGCCCCAGACACAAGCCCCGUGAGGGCCUGAGCCAUUUUGCACCCCACUCGUGCCCCCCAAAAGCAGACAAUAAAACACUUGCAGGAGAAAGAA